AGCACCAUCUUAUUUCAGAUCACUUUACAGCACCAUCUUAUUUCAGAUCAAUUUACAGCACCAUCUUAUUUCAGAUCACUUUACAGCACCAUCUUUUUUAGGCUUAGGAGAUUUUUGUUAAAAUGAAACGUUGGUUAAUAUCGACCAAAGACAACACAGGGAGGCCAGCGGAGAGACCAGCGGAGAAGCACCACUGUCACUGCUAUAGCUAUAAGUCGGGCUAUGCAUGGGGAUAAACUGGCCCGUGAGCUAGAAUCGGUGCCGCUGUCUAGCGGGACUAUUGCCCAGCGCAUCUCCGACAUGGCCCAGGAUAUAACGUGUCAGCUGGGGGAGAGAGUGAAGAAAGGGAAAUACGCUUUACAGUUAGAUGAAUCCAGAGAUGUAUCAAACUGCCCAGCUGCUUGUAUUCGUCAGAUACAGUUUUAACCGGAAAACUUAACGAGGACUUUCUGUUUUGCACCCCGCUGGAGGGAACAUGCACAGUUGAGGACAUUUGACCACAAACUAAAAGAAGAUGGACUGUCUUGGAGCGAGUGCAUCGGUGUGUGUACAGAUGGAAAUGAUUGUCAGUGGAUCAGAAUUUCUGUUUGAAGCUUUAGACCACAAGCUGUACUUCAAGGAGGUGAAGAUAUUAGUACCACCAAACUGGACUACAGGAAAGUAUGAGCGAGCAACAACAGAAUGCUUUGACAAGGGCAGAAUAAGAAUUGAUAACGCAAAUUCUGCAUUUGGUGAUGAGCCAUACACUCCCCAAGUCACAGGCUGUGGAACUGAGGCUCAAUACAUUCAUUUCACCCCAAAGUAUCUGUUAGACAAAGAUCUGUACAAAAAUGUAUACGGACCUAAAGGAAGAGUUUUUGUGCAUGAAUGGGCUCACCUCAGAUGGGGGGUAUUUGAUGAAUAUAAUAAGAAUGAGCCCUUUUACCUGUCUGCUGGUCAGAAUAAACCAACAAGGUGUAGUGAUAAAAUUUUAGGAGAGACAUUACAAGUUAUUAAUCAAAGUACUCAAUCUUGCUGGUUUCAUAUGACUGGCCUUCCCACAUCCAGCUGUAAAUUCUUUCCAAAUGUAAAGCAAAUUACAAAUGUCUCAAUAAUGUACUCGCCCAGCAUGGAUUCAGUAAGAGCAUUUUGUAACGAAGAGGAACAUAACGCUGAAGCCCCCAAUGAACAGAAUUCAAAGUGUAAAAAGCUCUCAACACGUACAGUGAUCUUUCAGGAAUCCGUAGACAAAGAUGCCCUUCACAAUCUAAAGCCUCUUCCAUCUCCACCGCCAGCUCCAACAUUCAGAGUCCUACAGAGGGGAACUCGGGUCGUCUGCCUCGUGCUUGAUGUCUCAGGAAGCAUGGCGAACGCAAGAAUAAAACAACAACAACAAUCUGCAUCAGUUUUUUUAAACCAUGGCAUACAAGAACAGCAGUUUGUGGCUCUUGUGACUUUUAGCACCAAAGCUAAAGUACUCAGCCCACUGACGUUAAUAGAUGGACAAGCCACAAGAGACAAACUAAUACAUAUGUUGCCAACAAACGCACAAGGAUCAACAAAUAUCUGUGAAGGACUCAGAGAAGGCUUUAAGGUUCUUCGAAAGGAUGAUAAUAAAACAAUCGGAGAUGAAAUAAUAUUUCUCACAGAUGGAGAAGCAACUGAUAAUAUUCAAGAGUGUUUACAGGAAGCUGUUCAAAGUGGCUCAAUCAUUCACACCAUAUCAUUUGGCCCAAAAGCAGACAGUGUACUGAAGAUCAUGGCAGAUCAAACAGGGGGAAAGUUUUAUGUAGUGCCAGAUUCUAAAUAUUCCUACAAGCUUGUGAAUGUCUUUUCCUCAUUGACACUGUUCGAUGGAAAUCCCAUGACACAGCCCAUUCAGCUGGAAAGCACUGAAAAGGUUGACGUUUGGUUGAAUGGAACAGUUCCCAUCGACCGGACUGUAGGAAACCAGACCACCUUUAUUGUCACUUAUGAAACUAGUGCACCCACUGUGUACUUACAGUCACCCAGUGGUUUGGUUUACGACCAGAGAAACACCUCCGACAUUGCCAACACCAUUACUCUUACUGUUCCAGGAACUGCAGAGCCAGGUGAUUGGAAGUACAUGUUCCUCAGUGAAGGCACAGCUGCUCAGGCAAUUAGUUUAAUAGUAAUUAGUCAAGCAGCUCAUGAAGAUGUUUAUCCAGUCACAGUUACAGUCAGAAUGAUCCAGGAGACCAGUGAUGACACCAAACCUUUGCUGGUGUUGGCUGAGGUCGCUCAGAAUUAUAACCCUGUUCUGGGGGCCAGCGUUUCUGCAACACUUGAGUCAGAUGAAGGACAAUCGGUCAGUCUGCAGCUCCUUGAUAACGGCGCAGGAGCUGAUUCUUUCAAAGGUGAUGGCACCUAUUCCAGAUAUUUAACUAAAAUAUUACGUGGAAAAUACAGUCUAAAAGUGAGAGUGGAAAAUCAACACACAGAAGUUCAGUUUCCUCCCUACAGACACAGCGGUGCCCUCUACAUCCCUGGAUAUGUUGAUGAUGGUGAAGUGAAAUUAAACCCUCCUGAGCCACCAAUAAACCUGAAGCCAGUUGAUGUGGGCAGCUUCAUUAGAACAGUAACUGGGCAGAGUUUUGUAGUGGAAAAAGAUAUUUCUAUAAACUUCCCUCCGAAUAUGAUCACAGAUCUGAUUGCAGAACUGCAGGAGGACACCGUGAUUCUCACAUGGACGGCUCCUGGUGAGGAUUAUGAUCUGGGAAGAGCCAAAUCCUAUGAAAUCAGGUGGAGUGAAGAUUUUAAGACAAUCCAAUACAGCUUCAGCAGCACUAAUCUGGUCAACACUUCUGGACUCGUCCCUCAAACCUUCGGCUCACCUGAAAAACAUACUUUCCAGCCCAGUAUCACACUUCAACAUCACACUACGCUGUUCAUUGCUAUUCAGUCAGUGGACCAACAAGCAGCAAAGUCUGAGAUAUCCAACAUUGCUCGAGUAACCAAGUAUGUCCCAACUCAUAGACCCCCACCAAGCUCAAAGCCAGACCUGAACCUACCACCUCAAGCACACAGCUCAAAUCCAGGCCUGAACCUACCACCUCCAACACCCAGCUCAAUUCCAGGCCUGAACCUGACUGCUAUUAUCUUUUCACUCGGUGUGAUGACCAUCGUAGUGUGUCUUAUAGCUGUGGUCAUCACAUGGGUACUGAAGCGGAGAACACAUUAUAUUAUUAACAGAACAAGAACAAGUGAAAUGUCAUUAAUAGAACAAUACAAGCCUAAAGAAUUUGACUGUAUUGCUCCAAUCUGAUUUGUUUUUUCACAUUUCACAUUAUGAGACUAGUGUGAACCCA